UAUAUGCUGGGUUUGCAUACAUUUGUCUUCUGGCUGUCGGGAGCAAUCCCGGAUAGCAAAGUUUAAACCAUGAUGAUUAGCUCACAGUUUGAAUGUCUGAAUACUGGGGCCGCCAACUCAAAAACCUGGUCUCAGGUUGACUAAAUGAUAUUUACUAAGUUCUGUAACUGCCAAGGCACCGACAUAGCCAGCAGUACUUAUUAGUGCCUUCCUUGACAGAGGUAGGAGGAUGGCCUGAGCCCUGGGUAACAGAGCAAGAGACUGCCUCAAAAACAAAAGCAAACAAACAAAAACAAAAUAAACAAGAUACACAUUAGCUCCCUGAUAGUAGCUCUGACCACCUUCAGUGGCCCAGCCUUCCCUCUCCCCCCAAAAGCAGCAGGGCUCUCUUCCUGAGCCAGGUGAAGCCAGAGCACCAGGGCAAGAACAGAAACCACAGCCUUCCAGAGGAGGGGGUCUCAGAGGGCCACCUGGUUUGCAUCCAUGUCCUGGCCCUGCCCAGUUCCUGAGAGAGACCACAGCCCGGAAGGGCAACAGGCUUUCAACAACUGGGCUCCAGUCCCACCCCUUUCAGGGGCAUGAAGUUAUGAAGCAUCUGGGCAGCUGUCAUUCAUUGUAUUUAAGCAGCCAGCCUUGUCAGAAGUGAGCUACGCCAUGCUGGGCAAAGGGACAUCUUGCCAGCAUGCUUUUCUGGGUAGUUCACCUGGUCAGCCUUCAGCUCCCUGUUGCUUAUUGCUGGACUCCCAGCUGCUACAGGACAGAGUCCUCUCCAGGCUUCAGCCUCCCAGGGGAUUUCCUCCUUGGGGGCCUGUUCUCUCUCCAUGCUGACUGUCUGCAGGUGAGGCACAGACCCCAGGUGACAAGGUGUGACAGACCUGACAGCUUCAAUGGCCAUGGCUACCACCUCUUCCAGGCCAUGAGGUUCGGCAUUGAGGAGAUAAACAACUCCACAGCCCUGCUUCCCAACAUCACCCUGGGGUAUGAACUGUAUGAUGUGUGCUCAGAGUCUGCCAAUGUGUAUGCCACCCUGAGGGUGCUCGCCCUGCAGGAGACUAGGCACAUCGAGAUGCAGAGAGGCCUUCACAACUAUUCUUCCACGAUGGUGGCGCUCAUUGGGCCUGGCAACACUGACCAUGCUAUCACUACUGCCGCCCUGCUGGGCCCCUUUCUGAUGCCCCUGAUCAGCUAUGAGGCCAGCAGUGUGAUACUCAGUGCAAAGCGGCAGUACCCAUCUUUUCUCCGUACCAUCCCCAGCGAUAAGCACCAGGUGGAGGUCAUGGUGAGGCUACUGCAGAGUUUCGGGUGGGUCUGGAUCUCACUCAUCGGCAGCUAUGGUGAUUACGGGCAGCUGGGGGUAAGGGCUCUGGAGGAGCUGGCCACAUCUCAGGGCAUCUGCAUUGCCUUCAAGGACAUCAUCCCUUUCUCGGCCCGGGUGGGGGAGCCCAGAAUGCAGCGCAUGAUGGACCACUUGGCCCAAGCCAGGACCACUGUGGUUGUGGUUUUCUCUAACCGGCACCUGGCUAGAGUGUUUUUCCGCUCUGUGGUGCUGGCCCAACUGACUGGCAAGGUGUGGAUUGCCUCAGAGGACUGGGCCAUCUCCACGUACAUCAGCAAGAUGCCUGGGAUCCAAGGCAUUGGGACAGUGCUAGGCGUGUCCAUCCAGCAGAGACAAGUCCCUGGCCUGAGAGAGUUUGAAGAGUCUUACGUCAGAGCAGUAACGGGUGCUCCCAGGGCCUGUCCAGAGGGGUCCUGGUGCAGCAGUAACCAGCUGUGCCGGGAGUGCCAUGCCUUCACUGCGCAUAGCAUGCCCACACUCGGGGCCUUCUCCAUGAGUGCUGCCUACAACGUGUACCAGGCUGUGUACGCUGUGGCCCACGGCCUCCACCAGCUCCUGGGAUGCACCUCGAAGGUCUGCUCCAGAGGCCCAGUUUACCCAUGGCAGCUUCUUCAGCAGAUCUACAAGGUGAAUUUUCUUCUCCACAAGGAUACUGUGGCAUUCGAUGAUAAUGGGGACCCUCUAGGUUAUUAUAACAUCAUUGCCUGGGACUGGAGUGGACCUGAAUGGACCUUUAAGGUCAUCGGCUCUGCCUCAUUGUCUCCAGUUCAUCUGGACAUAAAUAAGACGAAAAUCCAGUGGCACGGGAAGGACAAUCAGGUGCCGACAUCCGUGUGCACUGGGAACUGUCUGGAGGGUCAUCACAGGGUGGUUGUGGGCUCGCACCACUGCUGCUUCGAGUGCAUGCCUUGCGAAGCUGGAACCUUUCUCAACAAGAGCGAUCUUCACAGCUGCCAGCCUUGUGGAAAAGAAGAAUGGGCACCACAGGGAAGCACAGGCUGCUCCUCACGCGCUGUCGAGUUCCUGGCUUGGCAUGACCCCUUCUCUUUGGUGCUAUUAGCAGCUAACACACUCUUGCUGCUGCUGCUGGUUGGCACUGCUGGCCUGUUUGCCUGCCAUCUUCACACGCCGGUGGUAAGGUCAGCCGGGGGCAGGCUGUGCUUCCUCAUGCUGGGUUCACUGGCUGCAGGGAGUUGCAGCUUGUAUGGCUUCUUCGGGGAGCCCACGGUGCCCACAUGCUUGCUGCGUCAGCCACUCUUUUCUCUCGGGUUUGCCAUUUUCCUUUCCUGCCUGACAAUCCGCUCCCUCCAACUGGUUGUGAUCUUCAAGUUUUCUACCAGGAUACCCACAUUCUACCACACCUGGGCCCAAAACCAUGGUGCCGGUCUAUUUGUCAUUGUUAGCUCCGGGGUCCAUCUGCUCAUCUGUCUCACAUGGCUUGCAGUGUGGACCCCACUGCCCAGCAGGGAAUACCGGCGCUUCCCCCAUCUGGUGAUUCUUGAGUGCACAGAGGUCAACUCCGUGGGCUUCCUGUUGGCUUUCACCCACAAUACCCUCCUCUCCAUCAGCACCUUUGCCUGCAGCUACCUGGGUAAGGAACUGCCAGAGAACUAUAACGAAGCCAAAUGUGUCACCUUUAGCCUGCUUCUCAACUUCGUAUCCUGGAUCGCCUUCUUCACUAUGUCCAGUAUUUACCAGGGCAGCUACCUGCCCGCGGUCAAUAUGCUGGCGGGGCUGACCACUCUGAGUGGCGGCUUCUGCGGUUACUUCCUCCCCAAGUGCUACGUGAUUCUCUGCCGUCCAGAACUCAACAAUACGGAACACUUUCAGGCCUCCAUUCAGGAAUACACGAGGCGCAGCGGCUCUACCUGAUCCAUGGGGACUGUUGGGGCAGGGCAGGACCAGAAGCCUCUCCUGUCUCCUGUCUUGAAGGUGGCAGGUCCAGCGGGGCUGAGAGCCUGAGGUGUCUGGGAGAGUUCACCCACGGCUUGCGUUGUAUAAGCACACAGAAGAAUCCAGUGCAAUAAAGCCGUAAUGUGUGUGUGCAGUGUCUGUGUAGCUUCUUGGCUGCUCUUCCGGUCUGGGGCGAUUUGGGGAGCGCACACCAACUAGCGGGAGCCUAGCCCCCAGCUUGAUGUUGCUAGGCGACUUCCAGAAAAGCUAACCCGCGCGUUAGGAUUUGGGCCCUGCCCUGCCCCCUACGCGGCGCUUUGCUCUUUCUGUGAGGCUCCGCCUCCGCGGCGGGCCUUAGGAGGCCUACGCCACCG